CAAGGCAUCAAGCCAUCUUCUGUCUGCUCUGCUGCAGAGAUGGCUGCUCUCAAAUCCUCUCUCGUUCAAUCAAUCCCUUUACUUUCCCACAAAACCCUUCAAAACCCUCAUCUCAAUCGCCCCUCUGAGUUCUCUCCUCCAUCAAGAGUUGGUUUUGUGGCUGUAAGGAAGAAUGGGAUUGUUGCAAAGGCAUCAAUGUCAAUGGCUGUGUCGAAUUCCAGCUCUUUGGAGGCUGAUAAGAGCAAGAACAGUGCGAACUCCAUCAUAGUCAUCGACAAUUACGAUAGUUUCACUUACAACCUUUGCCAGUACAUGGGAGAGCUUGGAUGUCAUUUUGAGGUUUACCGUAAUGAUGAGCUAACAGUGGAGGAGUUGAAAAGGAAAAAUCCUAGAGGAAUUCUUAUAUCCCCUGGUCCAGGCACGCCUCAAGAUUCUGGAAUAUCACUGCAAACUGUUUUGGAGCUCGGACCUACUGUGCCUUUGUUUGGUGUCUGUAUGGGUUUGCAGUGCAUUGGAGAGGCAUUUGGAGGAAAAAUAGUGCGUUCUCCUUAUGGUGUUAUGCAUGGCAAAAGUUCUCCUGUAUACCAUGAUGAGAAAGGUGAAGAUGGCUUGUUUGCUGGAUUACCCAACCCUUUCACUGUGGGGAGAUAUCACAGCCUUGUUAUUGAGAAAGAGAGUUUUCCUGUUGAAGCACUUGAGAUCACAGCAUGGACUGAAGAUGGACUGGUAAUGGCUGCUCGACACAAGAAAUACAAGCAUGUACAGGGUGUUCAGUUCCACCCAGAAAGCAUCAUAACACCUGAAGGCAAGACUAUUGUUCGCAAUUUCCUCAAACUGAUAGAGAAGAAAGAGGCUGAAUCCCAGAAUUAAAGCCUCCAUGCUAGAGGGGUUUGGAAUCAUCGUCCCUUUGUUCCUUAUCUUAUGGGAUCCAAAAUCUGUGUUCAAGUCGUGUGUAUGUUCUGUAAUUUCUUGACUUUUCAAAACCUCUAAGGAGGUGAUGUUGAACUUUAAAUAUGGAAUAUUCCUAAUAAUAUAACUGUUGCUCCUAAAAUCCUGUUAGCUAUAUUUCCCAAUAAAAAUUUGAAUGAAGG